AGAAAAAAGUCUACGAAUAAAACAUUAACAAUACUCAACAACUAGUGUUAACAACCUUUAAUCCACUGGAAGGAAUUAAAUGAAAAAAAAAGAAACAAAAUCAGAAGCCGGGAAAGAACUGUAAAGUGUGUCCUGAAAAAUGAGUGGCAAAAAAGAAAUAUAAGGAAUGAGAAAUGAGAGUGUGAAAUGAAAAGAACCGUUCGUGGAUAGCGCAUAAUAAAUUCAUUUUAUUGUCUUAUUUUAUUGCAAAAUUAAUUGUUAAGACCGUAGAAGGAAGUCAAACUAUAAAUUUUAAAUAAUUUAUUGCAAACGCACAAAACACACGAAAAACAAUUAAAAAUUUAUUCGAGUAACCAACCGUUACAUUCAUGUUCGUAGAUGCGAGUUAAAGAAUUUUUUUAUUAAUUAGUAUAAAUAGGAAAUGAAAAUGCAAUUAUUUUGGUUGAAUUUGUUUGUCUUAUUUGUUUUUAUAUUACCCGAACAAUUUAAUGCGGAUGCUCAACAGUUGUCUUCCGAGUAUGAAAAACACACAAAUGAAACUGAUAGCAAAAACUUGCCCACUUUGAAGAGAGGGAAACGUUAUUUAGAUUUUACCAAAGGGUCUCGUAUGUCGUGGCGGACCACAGUUAAAAACAACAUUCUAAAAGUGAACACAUUGUGGGGUUAUGGUUUUGGUUUUCGUGCCAAUUUUCCAUUUCCAGACAAGGCCGAUCGUAGGAGACCAUUUUUUAAAAGAGAUGUCUUUCAAUCAUUAACCGAUGUUCUAGAUGGUAAUGGUCUGGAUGGGCAGGCUUGUAUAUUAAAGUCAUUUUGUACCGCCCAUUUGGAUGGUGAGAGUGAAUUCAGUAGCGGCAUGCUGUUUAAACUUUUAAAAUAUAUAUUUACUUUAAAUGAUGAUGACAAGCGACAUUUUCCCUAUUUAAAACAUGAGAACUGCCAUCAAAUACUUCACAGUCAUUGUCCUCUAAGUUUUAAUAAUAUAUCACCAUUUACAGAUGAUGUAUAGUAGAAUUAGAUUAUGUUUUAAUUAAAGAAAUUAAAUUAAGAAAUAUUUUUAAACGAAUUUUAUUUAUUUUGGUUUGUAUUCCUUGUCGAUUUGAAUUCAAAUUUUGUUUUAAAAUUUUAAUGAAAACACGUGCAUGUCCUUCAAUUUGUAUUAUUAAUAAUCAAUAAUAGCAAUGUGUUGUAAUAACUUUGUAAAAUAAAAAC